UUGCAACACUGGCCUGAAAGAUUUCUCUUUCCGAGAUUCCCUUUUGUAAAAUGUGGUGGAUGAUGAAUGAAGGUGGAGGCCAUUAUUGUUCCAAAAAAACGGAUGAUAUCUGUGGAGACGUUUGCGGCCAGGAAUCAAGCCGGCUGAGCUUGUCGAGAAUCCGCUGUAUACUGCGUGGCAUUGAUAUGAAGACUUAUAUUUUCCUAUUUAUACUGGCUCCGACGUGCAUAUUUGGUGUGUACAUUCACGGGCAGAAGAUUUCUUACUUUUUCCGGCCGCUGUGGGAGUCUCCACCCAAGCCUUUUCAUGACAUUCCCCAUUAUUAUCACGAGAAUGUAUCGAUGGAGACACUCUGCAAACUCCAUGGCUGGAGGAUUCGUGAAUUUCCGAGACGGGUUUACGAUGCCGUGUUGUUUAGCAACGAAGUCGAUAUUCUUACCAUUCGAUGGCAAGAGUUGUACCCUUACGUGACGAAUUUCGUUCUUCUCGAGUCUAAUUUGACGUUUACUGGAAUCCCGAAGCCUAUGGUUUUCGCUAGCCAUCGGGAUCAGUUCAAGUUUGUUGAAACGAGGUUGACUUAUGGAACUAUCGGGGGAAGGUUCAAGAAAGGAGAAAACCCGUUUGUUGAAGAGGCUCUGCAGCGGGUAGCGUUGGAUCAGCUCCUCAAAAUAUCAGGAAUUUCCGAUGAUGACUUAUUGAUAGUUUCGGACGUCGAUGAGAUUCCGAGCCGGCAUACGAUCAAUCUCCUCAGGUGGUGUGAUGACAUACCACAAGUUCUUCAUCUUCGGUUGAAGAAUUAUCUUUAUUCUUUCGAGUUCCUUGUAGAUAACAACAGCUGGAGAGCUUCAGUCCAUCGGUAUCAGACGGGUAAAACAAGGUAUGUGCAUUAUCGGCAGACGGAUGAGAUCUUGGCUGACGCUGGGUGGCACUGCAGUUUUUGUUUCCGUCGCAUCAGCGAGUUCGUGUUCAAGAUGAAAGCUUACAGUCAUAACGAUCGAGUGAGGUUCUCUCGUUUUUUAAACCCGAAACGAGUUCAGAGAGUGAUUUGCAAGGGUGCCGAUCUAUUCGACAUGCUGCCGGAAGAGUACACAUUCAAGGAAAUAAUCGGGAAAAUGGGUCCUAUUCCUCAUUCCUUCUCAGCUGUUCAUCUUCCUUCCUAUCUCCUAGAAAAUGCAGAUAAACACAAGUUUCUUCUACCUGGAAAUUGUUUGAGAGAACACGAGUGAUUCUUCUAGUCAUCUGUAAAGGCUCAUCAGACAGUUCAACUGAACAAUUAACGACUGCGGCGUGUGACCGAGCAGCAUUGUUCGGUGACUGGAGACUUGGAUGAAUGCUUGGAAACUUUAGGUAUGUAUAUAACUUUUCCUCAUUCGAGUUCUAGCUGUUUCAGAUUCCUGUGCUGGGAAGUUUUGUGUUGAGACAAAUUUCUCAUACAUGUAUAUUGAAUUCCUUAA